AUGGAUCAUGAAGAACACAAUAAUGAUGCUACUCAAGUUAAUAUCGUAUUUUACAACAUCACUCAAAGAGUCGCAUGCUUGGAUGUUGGUGUACAAUUGGAUAGCGUAGCAACAACAGCAAUAGUUGCAGGGUAUAUUAGUCAAAACCGCAUUUCUGAUGCGUGGCAAGUGCUUAACAAUAUGUUGGAGAAAGGGGUCAGACUGACUAAAAGGUCUUACUCAAUAUUCAUCAAGGAGCUUUGUAAAGUUUCUGCAACAGAUGAGAUUGUCAAUAUGUUGAUCCAGAUGCAGGCUUCACAGGUUAAAAUAGGAAAUGAUAUCUUUCAGUUUGUUAUACUUUAUAUGAUGAAAAAGGGAGAGAUGGAUAAGGUAAAAAAUAUAAAGCAGAUGCAGAAAAGCUGCAACAUUUUUUCCAAAGAAGAGGACUCACCUACUGCUGAUAUAGCGAUUCAACCAGAAUCAAAUGCAAUAAAUUUCAAACAACUAGAGCAACAAUGUUUAGAUUGUAAUGUGGUGGAGUCAACAUCAAGUUCCUGUAACCAAGAUGAUUUGCAUGAAGUUAACCGAAUCUUGUCAUCCUCAAAGGAUUGGUGGUCUCUUCAAGACAAAUUGGAGAAACGUGCUAUACAGUUCACCCCAGAACUUGUGGUGGAUACUUUGCGAAAGUGCAGCUUGCAUGGUGGUGCCGCACUACGAUUUUUCUCAUGGGUUGCAAAGCAAAGUGGUUAUAGACACAAUACUGAGGCCUACAACAUGGCUAUUAAACUCUCAGGACAAGUAAAGGAUUUUAAACACAUGAGAAGUCUCUUCCACGAAAUGAGGAGAAAUGGCUGCUCAAUAACAUCUGAUACAUGGACAAUCAUGAUAAUGCAAUAUGGUCGAGUGGGCCUCACAAACAUUGCCCUCACUACUUUCAGAGAGAUGAAAGCUAGUAGCUGUAAUCCUAAUGCAAGUACGUACAAGUUCUUGAUAAUAUCUCUUUGUGGUGAAAAGGGUAGGAAUGUUGAUGAAGCAAUCUUAAUCUAUCAAGAGAUGAUUAAAGCAGGGUUUCAACCUGAUAAAGAAUUACUAGAAUCUUACCUUGGUUGUUUGUGUCAAGUUGGUAAACUGUUGGAGGCAAGGAGGUGUGUCGAAUCUCUUCGAAAAGUUGGUUUUACAGUUAGUUUGACCAGAUCGCUGUAUAUAAGGGCCCUUUGUCGUGGAGGAAGGCUGGAAGAGGCUUUAGAGUUAAUUGAUGAAUCUGGUAGCGAGAAGCAUACUCUAGAACAGUACACGUGUGGUAGCCUAGUAAACGGACUACUACGAAGAGGACGAGUUGAAGAGGCAAUGUCAAGGGUGGAAUCGAUGAAGCAGGUUGGCAUCCACCCUACUGUCCAUGUUUAUACAUCACUAAUGGUCCAGUUCUUUAGGCAGAAGCAGGUAUCUAAAGCUCUAGAAACCUUUAAGGAGAUGAAAGAGAUGGGAUGCCAACCAACAACUGUUACAUAUUCUGCAAUUGUACGUGGAUAUAUGGAGAUGGGAAAGAUUACAGAUGCCUGGGAGAUUUUCCGUCAUAUGAAGCAAAAUGGACCAUUCCCUGAUUUCAAGGCUUACUCAAUGUUCAUUGCUUGUCUUUGCAGAGCAGGUAGGUCUGAAGAAGCUCUUCCACUUUUUGAUGACAUGUUGGAUGCUGGGAUAAUCCCUAGUACGAUAAAUUUUCGAGCGGUUCUCUUUGGGCUGAACAGAGAAGGCAAACACGAUUUGGCCCAAAUUGUACUGCGGAAAAAGUUGGAUCUUAAACGUCGAAGAAAAUCUUUUAUCGUUUGGUAAAAAAAAAAA